AUGGUGAAGGCCUGGGCGGUUCGGUCCAGAAACCAACGGGAUGCUGCACAGUUUGACGACGACUUGGAGGAACCCUUUCAGGACUCAGAAGACGAAGAGAUCGAAGAAACUCCGACCAAAAAGCGCCGGUAUGCUUCUGGUUCAAGAGUGUCUUCUACAGUCCCUAGACGGAUCGCCACGCAAGAAGCUGGACGUUCCUCGGCGACAACCUCCUCUACGACAUGCAAGGAACGGGAUAACACUACCUGUGUUCUUACCGGGUUCCUUGAGCCGCUUGAAAUUGCGCAUAUAUACCCAUACAGCCUCGGCCAGAAAGGGAAAAAGGACCUUGAAGACUUCUGGAAUAUUCUAGGCCUUUUCUGGACCUCAGACAGGGUUGAAGCCUGGGAGAAACAGGUCUUAGGUCCAGAUGGGACAGAGACCUGUUCUAAUAUGAUGUGUAUGGUCAACGUUGCCCACAAGUUGUGGGAAAAGGCCCGGUUUGCGUUGAAACCACUGUCGUUAAGCGAGGAUCAGAAGGUUCUUACAGUGCGAUUUUAUUGGCUGCCGAGAAAUUCAUACUCUCGUAAGAUGCGAGCAAUCGACACUCCCGGUCCUUUCCCUGGCAAUCCCUCCUCCAGCACAGUGGGUGGUCGACACAGUGCGAAGCUGUUUAACAUUUCCACAGAUGCGAAACUCUGCUCUGGGGACAUUCUCACCUUCGAAACCAAUGACCCAAUCAACCAGUCCCUUCCAUCCAUGGAGCUGUUAAACAUGCAGUGGGUCCUCCACCGGGUCCUUGCCCUAAGCGGUGCUGCCGACGCGACCGAUGAAGAUCUCGAGUCCGAAUCAGAUAAGACACUGAGGAGGAUACCGACGACGAAAUGGAAGAAGAAGAAGAAGAAGAAGAAGAAGAAGAAGAAGAAGGGCGAGACACCGAGGAUGAAGCUUAGGAAGAAAUAG